AUGGACGUGUACAGGAUUGGCCAUGGUUCCUUUCGUGGACUGAUCUGCGUAUAUUCGGACGACGACACCUUAGAAAUUUUCCAACAGGCGAAGAAUCUCGCCUGUGAGUGUGCUUGCUUGGCUUCGCCCUCAGAAGCCAAGGAGUCACACCCACAGGAACUCCAACAGUACUCCCGAGCUGCUUUCCUGGCUUUGGCCCUGGACAAGGCUCGCCACGCCGACUCGGUGCCUUCCAUCUUGCGUGAGCCUUUAGACUCGCUCUGGGGCGCUGCUGACCUUGAACAUGGGUGCAUGCGCGUCACGCCCGGAGAAUCGCGCGGAGCGCAAGGGCAGAAGAGAAGCCGCACGGAUGGAGUCGAAAGCCUGAGCCAUCGGGACUACUUUGUGCAGCUCUGGGGCGAGUGCGCAGCAGCUGCCGGUGGUCGCAGGCUGCCAGAUAUCUUGCAGGCAACGCACAUCCCUGGCAUGCGGGCGCAAGGCCUCUGGGUGGGGCGCAAGAAGGCUCAUGCCAUUCUCAUGGCGGCGCGGGGCAUGAUGCACGAGGAGCUACGCAGGUCCAGCAAGGACGUGCUCAUAGAAGACUUAGACACUCAGCCGUGGCAACUGGUGGUCGCAGGAGCUUCUGACAAGAUUCGGGAAUCCUUGGUAGGACCGGGGAUCAAAGCGUUUAGAAUCGAGAUGCGCAGGAAGGAGCGCUGCCCCUACACAAAAGAUCCCAUGUCUGUCUUUGUGGCUGAGCGGGUGGACGGGUGGAAAGUCAUCCACCAUCCGCAUGCUCACAAGGAUGAAGAGUUGCGUUUUGAAGACGACAAGAAUCAGAAGAAGUACGAGUCCGCUUUCCCCACGCAAGACGAGAUGACCAGGGCUUUUCGACUGGCCACGGACUGGUCAGUCAAGAACCGAUGGAACGCAUUCCAAGCCAACGUGUUUCAGCAGCUGCUGCGCCGCUUCAAGGAUGAUCAUCGGCCCCGUGGCUUCCAGCUGACCGACUUUCAACGAGGGGAUCUGGUGGAAGCGUGGGAGCUCUCUGCUGCAACCAAAGCCGACUUCCUGCGUUUUUUGAGGGCCGGGGGCGGACGCGGUUCUGCUGCAGAGGAGGCCCAGGCGGAUACCUCGGAGCAUUGGCAAGAAACGCAGCAAGUUUCCUCAGAGAGCUCCUGGUGGAAGCCUGCGUGGGAAGGAGGAUGGCAAUGGAGAUCUUGGGAUGGCUGGUCGGGUUCCACAUGGCAGGGUGCGGAUACAUGGCAAGAGCGGAGCUCCUGGGCAUCCGAGGACUUGGGCGACUCUGAAGAGGCAGUGCUGCGUGGUUGCACCAGGAGAGCCCUAGAUGGCUUGGGCUGUCAUGAAGGAGGCACCCUGCAAUCUGCCAUGAUCCGAGAGUUCCUGCGGUCAGAAAGCUGGGGUAAGGUCUUGGCCGGGCUAGAUCCGGCGCGCUGUCACAGGGCGGAGCAGGAUUACCGGUGGCUGAUUGAAGAAGUCAAGAUAUCGGACUUGAAGUACAGCCACGGCAACAUCUCCCGAAAGUUCCUGCAUGGAGAGCACCAGGGCCUCCCUGUUGAGAGUCUGGCCCAGGACCUGUAUUACCGGAGGCUGCAGCCAACAGACGUUGCGGCGCUCGUGGGUGUGAGAUGGCAACGCAAGGUCUUUGUGAUCUGCGGGAAUCGGCGCUGCCAUGCCAUGAAGCUUUUCGCUGAGUGGUCUGCUUCUUGGCAACACGAGCCGAAGGCACGGGUCAUCGUGCACGACUUCCCCAGCCUGUCAGGAAUCGAAGACCCAGAUGUCCGAUUUGCAUUUAUGCUCAAAGCUACUGGAGCCAUGGACACCCUCACUGGCGGCGAAUCGGUUCAAGUCGGGCACAGGGGCAAGCGUCGUUAA